AUGGAAAGUUCUUCAUCUGAAAUGAUGACCGCCGAUGACUUGGAAGCGCUCGGUUCACAGCUAUUCAACAGCAACGGUGGCGGAGGCGGUGACCACAAGCCGUCCGCCGGCCGUAAGCGGCGAAAAACUGUUUGUUAUAAACACUUAUCCGACUGUUCGUCGCGCGUGAAGAAGCGGAUGACAGUCACCGACCGAUCGUUGCCUAUCGGCGACCAUCAGACAGCCCUUCACCAGUUGUUUGCCGAUCACCAGAGCCUCGACGCCAGCAAUUCCUCCUCAGUGUUGAACAUGACUGACGGUACGGACGAUAUGCAAAACCAGAGGGUUUUGGCUAACGUUAGGGAAAGACAACGAACACAGUCUUUGAAUCAGGCCUUCACUCAACUCCGAAAAAUUAUUCCAACCCUUCCUUCGGAUAAAUUAAGUAAAAUACAGACAUUAAAGUUGGCCUCACGUUAUAUACAAUUCCUAUAUCAG